AUGGAGGGAAUUCGCCUUGAUACGGCUUUUAACUCCCCCUCUCCACUAUCAGACGUCCUCUACCAAGAACUCAGAUCGACCGUUCGCGGGGAGGCAUACCGGAGAGAUGAUCCCAGUUUUCUUGAAUAUUCUCGAAUGUUCAACGGCGACAUCAAAAUUUCUGCUUUGGCUGUCGUGUGUCCCCUUGAUGCUCCGGACGUCAGCCAAGUCAUCUUGUUUUGCAGAAAGCAUUCAUUGUCCGCUUCUGCUAAGGCCGGAGGCUAUGGCACCGCUGGCUGGGCUGUCGGAGGCGACAUUAUCAUCGACCUAUGCAAGAUCACUGACAUUGACAUUGAACCCCCCGCUGCCGAUGGCUCUUUUACCAGUAUUCGAGACAUGCCUUCUCUUGGCAGCAAAGGGAAAGUCAAAGCUGGUCCACCACUUCUAGAUAGACCUGCUACUGCGUCUAGCAGUAAGCGAAGAAGGGAAGACGACAACGAGCUGAGGUCUUACGACCUGGCAUCUGCAAACGUCGCAGAUUUUCUUCACCCAGGAGGAUCAUCCGCCCCAUUCGCCGAUCGUCCUCCCGUCACUCGACGAAGGUUAGAAUUCGCAGCUCCCGUCCUGGAGACCCCGCGGUUGUCCACCUAUUCUGCGACGUCGAGCAGUAAUUCCAACCCUAACACGAUGCUCUUAUCCUCUAACUCCCUUGACUCUUCUAUUGCCAUGGUUUCUAGCCCCUUGGCUUUUAAUCUUCCAUCCAUAGACGGUGUCACUACCGCUGUUACCCCACCUUCUCCGAUGCCAGAUACCCGUUCGAAUCUGCCCCCUUCUUCAUCCUCAUUGGGUGAUCCAUUUUCCUAUCUAGACGAUCCGCCCAGCAGACCUGUCGCCUCGACUUCUCGGCUUGCCCAGUCCAUGCCCAACGCAUUGUUUGCUACGCCGAGUUUCCUCGAGUCUCCGACUAACAUUCUGACCUAUGCAACGCCCAUCUACUCUCACGCAUUCAUGACCUUUGGUGCAGGAAAGAGACAGAAGGAGAUCGAUCAGUUCUCCGCGGCAAACCCUCUAGAAGCGAUGUCACUCGCUGGCGGACGCGGCGCUGUCCCAUACCACGUCCCAUUUGCGGCUCAUCCCGUUGGUUCGGCAAUCAUGAUCUUGGGAGGCUUUGGAUUUCUGGGCCGUCUACACGGCUUGAGCAGUGACAACUUGGUAGAAGCAGAAGUUGUUUUGGCUGACGGUCAAAUCGUGGUGGUCAGCCACAACGAACACCCAGAUCUAGAUUUGUGGUGGGCAUUGCGCGGUGCUGGCCCGGCCUUUGGUAUCGUUACACGCUACAAAGCCAGAGCUUAUCCAGUCCCCGUUGUCUUCGCGGGUAAUCUUAUCUACCGUUUUCAUCGCGCAACUGCACCAUCAUUAGUCAAGCACUUUCGCGAUUGCGUCAAGGGUGCUCCUCGGGAAUUGUAUGCCAAUGUUCUUCUUACGGCUGGCCCUGCAGGGCAGGAUUCCCUAGUUGUUAUCCAGAUGUGCUACGUUGGUCCCAAGGUGAAGGGUCAGGAGUUCUUACAGGCCAUUUCAUCGUGGGACGGCGAACGGUGUCUUCUCAACGAGGUUGAUGAGAAGUCCUUCCUUCAUCAACAAGACAGUGUUGCACAGGUUCUCCGAGGGAAAGCAGGAAACAAGUGGUUCAUACGAUCUGCGCUUAUCAGCUCGCUUCCGGACGACAUCGUGAAUAAGACGGUUCUUCAAUUUGCGGACACGCCUGUUGGCUGCACAUGGUUGUUCGAACUGGCUGGCGGUGCGCUUGGCGAUUUUGAGGAUAAUUGUAUACCGAAGGCACAACGUCAGGCUUCCUUUACUGUUGCCGCGUUGCAUCAGUGGGAUAUUGAUUUCCAAGAUCCGCGCUGUGUCCAUUCCGCGGAGGAGUGGAUAGCGGAAACUUUGGCACCAGUGACGCUCGGUGGCCCAUUGCCAAGCUUCUUGGGCAGACAGGAGCCCCCUGGUCGGGUCAUUGCUUGCUAUGGCGAGAACUGGGCCAGGCUGCGUGAUGUGAAAAAGAAGUAUGACCCUGACAACUUCUUCAGGAACUCAUUCUGGCCACUAAAUGCAGAGGGGGAGAUCAUUGAACCCGAUGAGCAUGAACCUCCGCAUAUCCAGUUUUGA